GCCAGGAUCCAUGCUCACAUGUUACUUCCUGUAUGGAGGCAUGGCCAGUUUCCAGCCCCGCGCUCCGCGAUCCUGCCCAGCCUGCGCCCGAGCCACAACUUUCAGGAGCAUGGACUGAAGGCGCCCUCGCCCCAGCGCCCCUCUGAGAGCCUCGGCGUUUUCCUUCCUUUCCGCCGGCCGUUUCUAUUUUGGGGGGCUCUUCGCUUCCCCCGCCACUUCCCGCCCCUUCCCCGAUUGCAAACAUGCCUCCUUCCUUUCCCGGGCCCUGGAAGGAGCUGCCAGCCUGAAGCUGGGAGACGCCGCGCCGCGUUCCACGCCGCCGCCGCCGGGUCUUGGGCUACGCUGCGCUGCCGACUCAAGUUGGGGAUCCUCGGCUGCUCGCUGCCGCCCGCGGUCCCUGCCAGCCCGGAACGAGGGACAGCGUCGCCGCCCGCCGACCCCUCGCCCAGUCCGCUCGGCUCGCUCCUUUUUCCACGGCAAGCAGCCCUUCGCCGCCGAGAGGAUCGUCCCCAGCGCUGCUGCACGUUCCCGGUUACUUUUUGAGCUUUUCCGAGCGGCGCUUGGCGGCUUCCUGGCUUCCAGGGGGACUCGGGCUGCCCAGCGCGGCUUACCCGCGGAGCUGGCGAGCGCGGGCAGCGCCCGGGCUUAGCGGAGGCUGGUACCGAAGCACGAACUUAUUCAACAAGUUUACCCCCCUGCCGCCUCCCUCUUUUCGAUGUGCGUUUUCGGACAUGCGGAGGUUACUGGAACCGUGUUGGUGGAUUUUGUUCCUGAAAAUCACCAGUUCUGUGCUCCAUUAUGUCGUGUGCUUCCCGGCAUUGACAGAAGGCUACGUGGGGACCCUGCACGAAAGCAGACACGGCAGCUCAGUGCAGAUCCGCCGACGCAAGGCUUCGGGCGACCCGUACUGGGCCUACUCGGGUGCCUAUGGUCCUGAGCACUGGGUCACAUCCAGUGUCAGCUGUGGGGGCCGUCACCAGUCUCCUAUCGACAUUCUAGACCAGCAUGCCCGUGUUGGCGACGAGUACCAGGACCUACAACUCGAUGGCUUCGACAACGAGUCCUCCAACAAAACCUGGAUGAAGAACACCGGGAAAACAGUUGCCAUCCUUCUGAAAGACGACUAUUUUGUCAGCGGUGCUGGGCUGCCCGGUCGAUUCAAAGCUGAGAAGGUGGAAUUUCACUGGGGCCACAGCAAUGGCUCUGCGGGCUCUGAACACAGCAUCAACGGCAGGAGGUACCCUGUGGAGAUGCAGAUUUUCUUUUACAAUCCAGACGACUUUGACAGCUUUCAAACCGCACUUUCUGAAAACAGAAUAAUUGGAGCCAUGGCCAUAUUUUUUCAAGUCAGUCCGAGGGACAAUUCUGCACUGGAUCCCAUUAUCCAUGGGUUGAAGGGCGUCGUCCAUCAUGAGAAGGAGACCUUUCUGGAUCCGUUUGUCCUCCGAGACCUCCUGCCUGCAUCCCUGGGCAGCUAUUACCGGUACACAGGUUCCCUGACCACCCCACCAUGUAGUGAAAUCGUGGAGUGGAUAGUCUUCCGGAGGCCAGUCCCCAUCUCCUACCACCAGCUCGAGGCUUUCUAUUCCAUCUUCACCACGGAGCAGCAAGACCACGUCAAGUCGGUGGAGUAUCUCAGAAAUAACUUUCGGCCACAGCAGGGUCUGCACGGCAGGGUGGUGUCCAAGUCCGCCGUCCGCGACGCCUGGAACCAGGACACGACAGACUUCUUAGAAAACCCACUGGGAACAGAAGCCUCCAAAGUGUGCAGUUCACCACCCAUCCACAUGAAGGUGCAGCCGCUGAACCAGACGGCGCUGCAGGUGUCCUGGAGCCGGCCAGAAACCAUCUACCACCCGCCCAUCAUGAACUACGUGAUCUCCUACAGCUGGACCAAGAACGAGGACGAGAAGGAAAAGACGUUCACCAAGGACAGCGACAAAGACCUGAAAGCCACCAUUAGCCAGGUGUCACCUGAUAGCCUUUACCUGUUCCGCGUCCAGGCCGUGUGCCGCAACGACAUGCGCAGCGACUUCAGCCAGACGAUGCUCUUCCAAGCUAAUACCACUCGAAUAUUCCAAGGGACCAGGAUUGUGAAAACCGGAGUGGCCACCGCCACCCAAGUGCCCCCCACAGUCACAGAGGAACGUGGUGCCGGGAGCGCCCACAGCGGGCCCGGAGCACCGUCUAAAAAGCCUGCGUCCCGAGGGGAUCGAUUUCCCGAGGAGAGCAAAUUCAUCACGGUGAAUCCAGCAGCAGAAAAGAACACCUCUGGAACAAUCAGCCGCCCUUCUCCAGGGAGGAUGGAGUGGAUCAUCCCUCUGAUUGUGGUAUCAGCCUUGACCUUCGUGUGCCUCAUCCUGCUCAUUGCUGUGCUCGUUUACUGGAGAAGGUGUAACAAAAUAAAGUCCAAGGGCUUUCCCAGACGUUUCCAUGAAGUGCCUUCUUCUGGGGAGAGAGGAGAGAAGGGGAGCAGGAAAUGUUUUCAGACCGCUCAUUUCUACGUGGAAGAUAGCAGUUCACCUCGGGUGGUCCCCAAUGAAAGUAUCCCUAUUAUUCCUAUUCCGGAUGACAUGGAAGCCAUUCCUGUGAAACAGUUUGUCAAACACAUCGGUGAGCUCUAUUCGAAUAACCAGCACGGGUUCUCCGAGGAUUUUGAGGAAGUCCAGCGCUGUACGGCCGAUAUGAACAUCACUGCCGAACAUUCCAAUCACCCAGACAACAAGCACAAAAACAGAUACAUCAACAUUUUAGCAUAUGAUCACAGUAGGGUGAAGUUAAGGCCUUUACCAGGGAAGGACUCUAAGCACAGCGACUACAUUAAUGCAAACUAUGUUGAUGGUUACAACAAAGCAAAAGCCUACAUCGCCACCCAGGGGCCCUUAAAGUCCACGUUUGAAGACUUCUGGAGGAUGAUUUGGGAACAAAAUACUGGAAUUAUCAUCAUGAUUACAAACCUUGUGGAAAAAGGAAGAAGGAGGUGUCUUGUUGCCUGGCACCCCUCUGAGAUUCCUAUGCAGAAUGGCCAUGCCUUGGCUAACGAUAUCUCUUUCCACCUUUGCCCUCAGGGUCAGAAGGGAAACCCCAAGGGCCGUCAGAAUGAGAGAGUGGUGAUCCAGUACCACUACACCCAGUGGCCUGACAUGGGCGUCCCUGAGUAUGCCCUCCCGGUCCUGACCUUUGUGAGGAGAUCCUCUGCCGCCCGGAUGCCGGAAACGGGGCCUGUGUUGGUGCACUGCAGCGCUGGUGUGGGCAGGACCGGCACCUACAUUGUGAUAGACAGCAUGCUGCAGCAGAUCAAAGACAAAAGCACAGUCAACGUCCUGGGAUUCCUGAAACACAUCAGGACACAGCGCAACUACCUCGUGCAGACAGAGGAGCAGUACAUUUUCAUCCAUGAUGCCUUGUUGGAAGCCAUUCUUGGGAAGGAGACCGAAGUCCCUUCAAGUCAGCUGCAUAGUUACGUUAACAGCAUCCUCAUACCUGGCGUAGGAGGGAAGACACGGCUGGAAAAACAAUUCAAGCUGGUCACGCAGUGUAACGCCAAGUACGUGGAGUGCUUCAGCGCUCAGAAAGAGUGCAACAAAGAGAAGAACAGGAACUCCUCCGUCGUGCCAUCUGAGCGCGCUCGAGUGGGUCUUGCUCCGUUGCCUGGAAUGAAAGGAACCGAUUACAUUAAUGCUUCCUAUAUCAUGGGCUAUUACAGGAGCAAUGAAUUCAUUAUAACUCAGCACCCUCUGCCACAUACCACGAAGGACUUCUGGCGGAUGAUCUGGGAUCACAACGCGCAGAUCAUCGUCAUGCUGCCCGACAACCAGAGCUUGGCAGAAGAUGAGUUUGUGUACUGGCCAAGUCGAGAAGAAUCCAUGAACUGUGAGGCCUUUACCGUCACCCUUAUCAGCAAAGACAGACUGUGCCUCUCUAAUGAAGAACAAAUUAUCAUCCACGACUUUAUCCUGGAAGCUACACAGGAUGACUAUGUCCUAGAAGUCCGGCACUUUCAGUGUCCCAAAUGGCCUAACCCAGAUGCCCCAAUAAGCAGCACCUUUGAACUUAUCAACGUCAUCAAGGAAGAGGCCUUAACAAGGGAUGGCCCCACCAUCGUUCACGACGAGUACGGAGCCGUGUCUGCGGGAAUGUUGUGUGCCCUCACCACUCUGUCCCAGCAGCUGGAGAGCGAAAACGCUGUGGAUGUUUUCCAGGUUGCAAAAAUGAUCAACCUAAUGAGGCCUGGUGUGUUCACAGACAUCGAGCAGUACCAGUUCAUCUACAAAGCAAUGCUCAGCCUGGUCAGCACUAAAGAAAACGGAAACGGUCCCAUGACAGUGGACAAGAAUGGUGCUGUUCUGAUUGCAGAGGAAUCCGACCCUGCCGAGAGCAUGGAGUCGCUGGUGUGAUGGGAAUCCUGCACCGGCACCUCACCUGUAAAACUUCUGAAGACAGAACUUCUUUGAGGCCUUUUUUGCCAGACUCUAGGUUAUACAAUAACCCAGUUACUUUUUUACACUGAUAAAAGUUUUGAUAUUUAUUUUUUGCCAUUUUAUGUCUUAAUGGUAUCCUACUGAGCAUUUGCACCUCUGUUCAUUUCACACAGUGAAACGCAGUCUUAUCUCGUUUGCACUAUAUGAUCAGUGUUACUGCCUAUAAUCUAGUACGACAGCAAGCCCCGAUGUGACAUUCCAUGGCAGCCUACAUGCUCCGUUUUGUUCAGUAUACAGUGAAGGUCUUUGCUAUGACAGUGGAUUUGAUUUUGUUCUCAUGACCGCUACCGCACUUGCAUCCUCCUAGCAGGCAAUUAAUGCCAUUCUUUUCCGCAGUCCUCUCCUGUUUGGGAGGCACUGUUAAAUAGUACAUGCCUCCUGUGUUCUCAUGGAGUGGAUGAGCAUCUUUUUUUGUUUUUUAACAGAUUAGCAGGCUUCUGGGAGCUAUCAAAGUGGCCUCUCAACCUCAUGGCCUUUCUGAUGGUGAAGACACCCACUGGGAAAACGGGAGGCACCAGAAUCGCUCCGUGUGACAUCACUUAUCAGUUGCAAGGUUAUAUUCACAGCUUAAAAAGAAAAAAAAGCCCAAUUGUGUCAAAAUAAAGGAUAUCUCUGUAUUACAGUUUUCACAGUAGCUAUGUGAACAGUGUGUGUUAUUUCAAUUUUGACUCUCAGAAAUAAGCUACACCCAAGAACCAGCGCUAUCUUUAACAUUAGCAAUAUUUCACAAAGCUCCACUAGGAAACUCUUUAUUCUCCAUGAAUGCUUCUGGGUUUAUAAGACCAAACACAUAACCUCACAGGAGGUAAAAGAAUAAAUAUUUUGCAGGUGUGUGAUUUUUUUUUUUCAACUAGGUCUGUGGGAGAUUUAAAAAAAAAAAGCUCCCAUUACUCAUAAGCAUCUAAUAAAAACUACCUAUAGAGUUCACAA